GAUGCAAAGGUGCACAGGUAGAAGAGAUAUGGAGCAUGGAGCCAGAAAACUUUGAAAAUCUCAAGCCCGUUCAUGGUCUGAUUUUCCUCUUCAAGUGGCAACCCGGUGAGGAGCCAGCGGGGUCUAUAGUUCAAGACUCAAGGCUGGAGGAGAUCUUCUUCGCCAAGCAGGUCAUCAAUAAUGCCUGUGCGACCCAAGCGAUCGUCAGCGUGUUGUUAAACUGUACACAUCCUGAUAUGCACCUUGGGGAGACGCUGACAGAAUUUAAAGAGUUUUCGCAGAGUUUUGAUGCUGCGAUGAAGGGGCUUGCUCUCAGUAACUCUGAAGUGAUUCGACAAGUUCACAACAGCUUCGCCAGACAACAGAUGUUUGAGUUUGACGCAAAGUCGUCGGCUAAAGAAGAGGACGCUUUUCAUUUUGUGAGUUACGUUCCUGCUAACGGCCGACUUUAUGAGUUGGACGGACUUCGUGAAGGACCCAUAGAUCUAGGUGUGUGUAACGAGGAUGACUGGAUCAGUGCUGUACGGCCCGUCAUUGAGAAAAGAAUACAGAAAUACAGCGAGGGUGAGAUUCGAUUCAACUUGAUGGCCAUUGUUUCAGACCGCAAGAUGAUUUAUGAAAAGAAGAUCGUUGAACUGCAGGCGCAGCUCACAGAGGAAGAGCCGAUGGACACAGACCAGAGUGGAAAUCAUCUCAGCUCUAUCCAGUCAGAGAUCGCCAAGUAUCAGCUCCAGAUCGAAGAAGAGAACCAAAAACUUAAGAGAUACAAA